AUGGCUGAAAACGAGGAUUUGGAUGCUUCUGCGCUGGCUGCAAACCGCUGGAUCUGGGCAGCGUCGAGUGUACAGAAGAUGCCCGGGGGGUUGCAGAAAGUCUUGGGAGGCCAAUGGAAUCCACGCUAUAUGGUGCUCGGAGCCCACACGGGCUGCCUUCACUGGUUCCGCGACGAAGGACCCGGGGCGAUUCUGGGCCAAGAGAGAGGACACCUGCGCCUUGCAGACGUAUCGAAAAUUGAGUCUGUUAUCGAUGAUGAGCCAGACACCAAGCGCCUGCUACUGUGGGAUUUGCUGGGAAAUGCGGCCCUGACGAUCCGGGCGAGCUCGGAAGUUGUAGAAGCAUGGAAGAAAGCACUUCUGGCCGCCAAGACCUACAAGCCGACAUUCGUGGAAGGUAUGUUCACCUCUCAUGGCUGGGUCGAUGCCUCCUACUCGCAGCUUGUCGAGCCGCCGGAGCCCUUGGAUGUUGAUACGUGCAUCGAGUAUGACGACUCCAGGGUGCCCUUGAUGGGCUUCGCUUUCGAGUCUCAGGAGAAAGCUGGCAGCCAACUGCAGUGCUUUGCCCUUGGUGGGCCGAAGCUUCGAUUCCUCGUGAUUUGCCGGGGAAGGCUCCUGCGCUUCGAGCCCCGGGAGUUCGCCUUACUGGGGGAAGCCAAAGGGGGUGAGGUGGUUUUGGCAUCCUUGAAGAAUGUCGCGCGUCACAACCAGUAUGUGAUCGCGGAUCAAGCGCGGUUGAGGCUCAUCUUCAAAACUGCGAAUGCGCAGACGUGGGCAGCCUGCCUGCGAAAUGCUGAUGCAUUUCACUGCCCGAGCCCAUCUGCACAGGACGAUGCAUCAAAGACAGCCCGGUCGCAGAGCUACGGGCUGGUUCGGGUCCUACAGUGUCUUGGCACAUGGAUCAGGCAGCGAGCCCUACUUCUGCUGCUGUGCAACAGCGUUGUGGCACUGACUCUGCUGCUUCAAGACUCUGCCGCUUUCUGGCCCUUUGUCAUGGUGCUGAACCUGCUGACGUGCUUGAGAGCUGGAGCUGAUGUCCCAGAGCCCCCGGUUUCAGAGACUACAGGGAGGGACGACGAGGUGGACUUGGUGACAUCGUUGCAUCCCGUCGCCCUCGGCUCCACUGCUGGAUGUGUUGAGGAUGCGAAGGCCGAUUCUAUCCUCGUGCGCUCUCAGGGCUACAGCACCCAUAAACAGAAAGAAGCCUCCCAAGACUCCAUGUACGAACUGCGACGAGCAUUCACGAUGCCAGCCCCGAGCAGCUCGUCCCGGCAUUCCCACGUUGCACGGCUUGGACUUGAGAUGCUUGGACUCGAAGGGCCAAUCUCAUCCGAUCUUCCUACCUUCUGCAUCGUAAACCUGCAGAUCCCAGACGAUGCCCCGAACAUCUUGCAAGGAGCCGAUGCUAAAUGCAGCUCCGCAAUCUUUUGCUUCUCGGUCCGGGCCGAAGUCGAAUCGGCGCUGAGCGAGAGCCACGAGCCUGCGCUGCAACUGCUGCGUCGCUUUUGCCAGCUUGCUCAAGAGGACAACAUCAUGAGGAAUAAGCUCAAGGCCCUGUGCCAAAUCACAGAGUCUAAAAAUUCCUCGCUUCCUUCUGUCUUGCAGAACUUGAGUGGGAAGCCAGCAUUGCUGGGCAAGUCUGCAACGAUCUACUCUGGUGCUGGGUACAUUGAAAUCGACGUAGAUAUAAGUUCUUGCGCGUACGUGAACCGGCUGUCGCUCCACCAAAUGCGGAGCAGACUGAGCUCCCUGCAGCUGGACUUUGCCCUUAUAAUUCAGGGCGAUUCAGAUGCCGAGUUGCCAGAACGAGUGUGGGCAGCUUCAACACUCCACUUUGUAGAUAUGGACGAGCUCAUUCACACGCCGCGCUCAGUGAGCCAGAGCCCUCUCCAGAAAUCGCCAGAGACUGCGUCCUUGCACAAGCGACCCCCUGCUUCGUUCUUUGAAUGA